AGGAGCGUUAUCUUGGUGGGAUGAAGAAGCGGCGGCGUACACGCCAUCUCAACGACAGGAAGUUUGUCUUUGAGUGGGAUGCGUCUGAAGACACAUCAAUCGACUACAAUCCAAUCUAUAAAGAAAAGCAUCAGGUUCAUCUGUACGGACGAGGCUUCAUCGCUGGCAUCGAUCUCAAGCAGCAAAAGAGAGAUCAGUCUCGAUUCUAUGGAGACCUGAUGGAGAAGAGGAGGACUAAUGAAGAGAAGGAGCAAGAGGAACAGAGGUUGAAGAAGGUGAGAAAGAAGGAGGCCAAGCAGCGCUGGGACGACCGGCACUGGUCUCAGAAGAAGCUGGAUGAGAUGACCGACAGAGACUGGAGAAUCUUCAGAGAGGAUUACAGCAUCACAACCAAAGGAGGGAAGAUCCCCAACCCUAUCCGCAACUGGAAGGAGUAUUCACUGCCCCCACACAUUCUGGAGGUCAUCGAAAAGUGUGGAUAUAAGGAUCCCACACCCAUCCAGAGGCAGGCCAUUCCUAUUGGUUUACAGAACCGUGACAUCAUCGGUGUGGCUGAGACUGGUAGCGGUAAAACCGCCGCCUUCCUCAUUCCCUUACUGGUCUGGAUCACCACUCUACCCAAGAUUGACAGGAUUGAGGACUCUGAUCAGGGACCAUACGCCAUUAUUCUGGCUCCGACUCGUGAGCUGGCGCAGCAGAUCGAGGAGGAGACUAUUAAAUUCGGCAAACCGCUAGGCAUCCGAACUGUAGCUGUGAUCGGUGGAAUAUCCAGAGAGGAUCAGGGCUUCAGACUUAGGAUGGGUUGUGAGAUUGUCAUAGCAACACCUGGUCGUUUGAUCGACGUGUUGGAGAACCGAUACCUCGUCCUGAGCAGAUGCACAUAUGUGGUACUGGAUGAAGCCGACAGAAUGAUUGACAUGGGCUUCGAACCCGACGUCCAGAAGAUUCUGGAGUACAUUCCUGUGACCAAUCAGAAACCAGACACAGAUGACGCAGAGGACCCUGAAAAGAUGAUGCAGAACUUUGAGUCCGGCAAACACAAAUACAGACAGACGGUCAUGUUUACGGCUACUAUGCCUCCUGCAGUGGAGCGUCUGGCCAGAAGUUACCUCCGUCGGCCGGCGGUGGUGUACAUCGGCUCUGCAGGCAAACCCCACGAGAGGGUGGAGCAGAAGGUCAUCCUCAUGUCCGAGGGUGAAAAGAGGAAGAAGCUUCUGGAAGUUUUGGCAAGUGGCUUCGAGCCGCCCAUCAUCAUCUUCGUUAACCAAAAGAAGGGUUGCGAUGUGCUUGCUAAAUCUCUGGAGAAGAUGGGAUACAAUGCUUGCACACUUCACGGUGGUAAAGGUCAGGAACAGAGAGAGUUCGCUCUUUCCAACCUGAAGGCCGGAGCCAAAGACAUCCUGGUGGCCACAGAUGUGGCAGGCAGAGGAAUCGACAUUCAGGACGUCUCGAUGGUCUUAAACUACGACAUGGCCAAGAACAUCGAGGACUAUAUCCAUCGUAUUGGCCGAACGGGUCGUGCUGGAAAGAGUGGUGUGGCGAUGACCUUCCUGACCAAAGAGGACUCGUCUGUGUUCUACGACCUGAAACAGGCCAUCUUAGAGAGCCCAGUGUCCACCUGCCCGCCAGAGCUGGCAAAUCACCCAGAUGCUCAGCACAAGCCUGGCACCAUCCUCACCAAGAAGAGGAGAGAGGAGACCAUCUUUGCUUGAUCCGCGUUAUUUACACACAUUACUUGUUUUCAUUUGUACAUGUUGUGACAUUUGUGCUGUUUUACUGCUCCAGAUUUUCUAUAUCCAAGUUUAUCAGAAAAAAACAGUAAACCAUGAGAUCGUACAUUACACUUUUCUUGACAGAUAAACCAGGGGCCUGUUCCAUGGAUUAGCUGGCUAUCCAGUUAAAUGUAUUAAGUUUGCACCAAUUUUGAGUUUUAGGCAACGUGAAGGCAGCUUGACUUCAGUCAUUUUGUUGACGUGUUAUUAUGGAGCAGCUGAUAUGAGAUGAGCUACCAUAAACCCAGAAUUGGUGCAAACUAAACUGAAACUUAAUUGGCUUGCCAGUUAUUCCGGCUUUAUGGUGCAACCCCAAGAUGUAGAUGUCUGUGAUAAAACUGUAGUAGAGAGAAAUCAAUCCCUUGGUUUUGUUAAGAUGGACAGAUAGUCAAAUGUUAAACUGUAGAACAGCCCAUCUCUUUUCUUUUUUUUUUUUACACAGGAGAUAUAAUGUUUGUGAUUUUUAAAUUGUGUAAAACCAAUACCAAUUCAAGAAUGCAUCUGUAGAUACUGCAUUUCAGUCAGAGGAUGAGUAAAAAUGUUCAUUCGGUAUGGAUUAUUAAUAAAGUCCUUAGACUGA